AUGAGAGUCGGGCUCCCCUCCGAGGCUUCGUCUUGCUCGUGGUCAGCGCGGGGGCCGCGGGACCAGCCGGAGCGCCGGCGGAGCGGGCUGGCGCACGUGCUGUCUGAUAACAUCUAUCCGGUGGAGGACCUCGCCGCCACGUCGGUGACCAUCUUCCCCAAUGCUGAGCUGGGAGGCCCCUUUGACCAGAUGAACGGAGUGGCCGGAGAUGGCAUGAUCAACAUUGACAUGACUGGAGAGAAGAGGUCCUUGGAUCUCCCAUAUCCCAGCAGCUUUGCUCCCGUCUCUGCGCCCAGAAACCAGACCUUCACUUACAUGGGCAAGUUCUCCAUUGACCCCCAGUACCCUGGUGCGAGCUGCUACCCAGAAGGCAUCAUUAAUAUUGUGAGUGCAGGCAUCCUGCAAGGGGUCACCUCCCCAGCUUCGACCACAGCCUCAUCCAGCGUCACCUCUGCCUCCCCCAAUCCAUUGGCCACAGGACCCCUGGGUGUGUGCACCAUGUCUCAGACCCAGCCUGACCUGGACCACCUCUACUCUCCGCCACCGCCUCCUCCUCCUUAUUCUGGCUGUGCAGGAGACCUCUACCAGGACCCAUCCGCCUUCCUGUCGCCAGCCACCACCUCCACCUCUUCCUCUCUGGCCUACCCACCACCUCCUUCCUACCCGUCCCCCAAGCCAGCCACGGACCCUGGUCUCUUUCCCAUGAUCCCAGACUAUCCUGGAUUUUUUCCGUCUCAGUGCCAGAGAGACCUACAUGGUACAGCUGGCCCAGACCGCAAGCCGUUUCCCUGCCCCCUGGACUCCCUGCGGGUCCCCCCUCCACUCACUCCACUCUCCACCAUCCGUAACUUUACCCUGGGGGGUCCCAGUGCAGGGGUCUCAGGACCAGGUGCCAGUGGAGUCAGUGAGGGACCCCGGCUGCCUGGCAGCAGCUCAGCAGCAGCAGCGGCUGCUGCCUACAACCCACACCACCUGCCACUGCGGCCCAUCCUGAGGCCUCGCAAGUACCCCAACAGACCUAGCAAGACGCCAGUGCAUGAGAGGCCCUACCCGUGCCCAGCAGAAGGCUGUGACCGGCGGUUCUCCCGCUCUGAUGAGCUGACACGGCACAUCCGAAUCCAUACCGGGCACAAGCCUUUCCAGUGUCGGAUUUGCAUGCGCAACUUCAGUCGCAGCGACCACCUCACCACCCACAUCCGCACCCACACCGGUGAGAAGCCCUUCGCCUGUGACUACUGCGGCCGAAAGUUUGCCCGGAGUGAUGAGAGGAAGCGCCACACCAAGAUCCACCUGAGGCAGAAGGAGCGGAAGAGCAGUGGCCCCUCGUCCUCGGUGCCGGCCCCCUCGACGGCCUCCUGUGCCGGGGGCACGCAGGCUGGGGGCACCCUGUGCGGCAGCAACAGCAGCACUAUGGGCGGAGGGCCGCUCGCCUCUUGCUCCUCUCGGACCCGGACACCUUGACUUGAGACUCAGGUGGACACACCAGCUCCUGGAGGCCCCGGAGGCCCUGCGUCCACUUGAAUUGCAUGACAAACACUACCACCCCUAACCCCUCCUUCCCUUCGUUGGGCAAAGGGCCUUGGUGGAGCCCAGCACUGCCCCCCCUCUUUCUACUUAGAA